CUAUAUAAUUAAUAAUAUAUAUAGUUUUAUUAUUGAUUAUAGAUCUACAUCUAUAUAUAGAUCUAGUAAUUUUAGAUCUAGUAGGUCACAGUAAAACUCAAUGUGUACUUCCGACUUAAGCUCAACAAGUCUUAAUUGCACGAAAUAAAAAUAGGCCUAAUACCUAAUACUAAUACAGUUUUGACACUCCAAGCUACGCAUUUCUAGAUCUAUUCGUUUUUUUAUUAUUUUUAUCGAAAGGACUAGGCUAUAGGCAUACACGUCUCGUGGGAAACAGAAAAAGUUCAUCUCGAAUUAAGAACAAACGGAGACGAAAAGUGUUUGCCUCAACAGAUUUCUGAUAUUGUGUUUAGAUCUAGACUCUAGAUCUAAAUCUCACUAGCUAGUGACUAGGACAGCGUAUGAUCCGCAUUUAGCUCACGUUUAUUGGUUAGUUUAUAACCCCACUGACGUCGUACUGUUGUUGUCUAUAGGUUACAUUAGAUCUAGAUCUAGUAACUAGUCGCUCUAGAUCAUCAUCAUCAGUGUAAGUGUACUGUAACUUGUGUAAGUAUAGAUCCAGAUUCGUAUAUUAGAAUUAGAUCUAGUCAGUAGACAAGUUCAAGAAAUUUUAUUUCAAUCUCUGGAAAUGGGUGGUGCUAAUUGUGCCAUUGUGGGAUGCACUGCCACAAGAAGUAGUUGCAAAGGCUUGUCCUUUUUUAAGCUACCUAAAAUGGAUAAAACACCAGAAAAAGAUCAAUGGAGAAGUCAGAUGAUAUCAUGUAUAAAUAGAUCCGAUAAAGGGUUUAAUCCUAACAGGGCAACAAUUUGUUCAAUACAUUUCAAGCAGACUUGCAUCAAAACAGGCACCACUGGAAAAAAAUUCCUUAUACCUGGAAGUCUUCCUACAGAGUUGAUGCCUACUGUUGAAACGCACAAACAGAUACACAGGAAUCCACCAGUGGAACGUUCGUCGCCUGCCUUGGCUCAGAAAGUUGCGUAUUACUCUUUUAAGGAAGUAAAAGCAGAUGCAGCCCUCAUUAAUCUUCCUUGGUGCCUCAUUGAGAAUUCCGAAAACGCCGUUGUAUUUGGACUUUUUGAGACUGAUACAUCUCAUUUAAAAUAUAAAGUAUUUUUUAAACUUGAUUUUAUGACAGAUAUUCAUAUUGUUGGUAUUCCAGCACCAAAUCUAUCACAAAGUUAUGAGGGAGUAAAAAUUAAAAGUUAUCUUGAUAUUAUUUUAUCGAAAUCCAUUUGUCCUGGUAUAAGGCAAAAACAUUUGCAAGCAUUAGCUAGUCUUCCAGAAAAAAAAGAUCAAACCUAUUUCAGACAUAUUUUAAACAAGACAGAUUUCGGAACAAAUAACUUUUAUCAUUUUUCAAUUAUCCGAUCUCGGCAUUGUUUGCUUCUUUCUGAUGGCAUAUGCACACAUUGCAAAGAUUCUGAACGUUUACUACAGAAAAAGUGGAAUAGAGCUGAGAUGAGCAAGAAAACUCCAUUAAAGUUGAAUUGUUCCAUGAACUCAACAUGCCCUUUAAAAUUAAAAGAUAGACUUAAAAAUAGCAGACAAGAAAAUAAAAUUUUGACCAAAAAAAUACAAUGCUUUAAUGCAGUCCUCAAAAAAAAUUAUAUUGAACUUAGAGAGGAUGUACACUUAGGCAUUCGAAAAGUAAUAGAAAAUGCUGCCAUCACAGAUCCGUUGUCUCAAUUGUUUUGGGAAGAACAAAAAAAAAGCAUUUGACUCUAAAUCAUUUGGGAUGCGUUGGCAUCCGACUAUGUUAAGACUGGCAAUUUUAUUGCAUAGUAGGAGCCCAACAGCUUACCAAACAUUGAGAAAAACUGGUGUACUAAAACUUCCAGGUGAAGCAACCAUUCGAGACUAUACAAAUGCCAUUCAUCCUAAAACUGGAUUCAAUUGUGAAGUAAUAGAUGCAAUUAAACAAGCAACUAAGGAUUUUGAUGAACAUGAGCGCUUUGUAAUUUUACUUCAUGAUGAGAUGGCUAUAAAAAGUGAUCUUGUGUAUGAUCAGCGAAGUGGGGAAGUUGUUGGGUUUGUUAAUAGUGACAAUGUAAAAGAAAGCUCAUCAUACCAACUUGCUACCCAUGUACUUGUAUUUUUUAUUGUAGGAAUUAAUACAAAUUUAAAAAUGAGUUUAGGAUAUUUCGGGACACAAUCUGCAACACCCUUGGAUCUUUAUACUAACUUUUGGAGAGCUGUUCAAAAUUUAGAAAAUCAUUGUGGGCUCAAAGUGAUUGCUUCAACAUGUGACAAAGCUUCUGCCAAUGUCAAACUCCAUCAGUUACAUGAUUCUCAAAUUGAUAGCACUAUUUGCUUUAAAACCAUAAAUCAUUGUGCGACAGACAGAUUUAUUUAUUUUCUUUCAGAUGUUCCACACUUACUUAAAACAGUUCGAAAUAACAUUUUUAAAUCA